AUGGCUCAAAGGACUCCAUCCCUGGGCCAGGCACAGGCACAGGCAUCCGCCAUCCCGUCACCAGCAACACUACGAUCGCGUACCACCGCUACAACAACCUCACAGAGAACUACCGCAACAGCAACAACAACAGCAAAACCCAAUGGCCCCAAGGGACCAGCCUCUGCAUCAGCUACACAAAAGACAGCCACUAAGGAACGCGCACCAAGCAUACGACUCGCAAAGCUGCUUCUCUGGGUCUUCCUCGUCCAUGUCGGAGCCAUCUACCUCUUUACACGCGGGUUCCUCCUCUCAAGAUCUGUCCUCGACUCCAAGAGUGAAUGCAGCAACACCAACAUGGACGAAUCCAUCUUUACCGACCACAGACUCGACUCUUCUAACAGGUGCUGGUACCCCCAGCAGUACAAGAAGGCCGUCGUUAUUGUCAUCGACGCCUUGCGUUUCGAUUUUGUUGUUCCUCACCACGACUUGCCAGACGACGAGCAGGAACCUUACUACCUGAACAAGCUCCCCGUCAUCCACAAACUCCUCGAGGAGCAGCCAGAUAACACGCUCGUGUAUCAAUUCGUCGCCGAUCCUCCAACAACUACUCUUCAGCGGCUCAAGGCUUUGACGACGGGCACUCUUCCCACAAUUAUUGAUGCUGGAUCUAAUUUUGCGUCGUCGGCUCUCAAGGAGGACAACUGGCUGGCUCAAUUCGAGUCGUCGCGGGGUCAGGAUCGGAUAUUAUUCAUGGGCGACGACACCUGGACUGGACUGUUCCCUAGUGUCCUGAGCACGAACAACUCACAUGCUUUCCCAUCGCUGGAUACCCACGAUCUCGACACGCUCGACAACGGCGUCAUCAAGGCUCUCGGACCUGCGUUGGAGGACCCCUCAAAGUGGGAUCUUUUGAUUGCCCAUUUCUUGGGUGUAGAUCACUGCGGACAUACGUAUGGACCAAACGACCCUCAUAUGGCUGUGAAGCUGGAGCAAAUGAACGAUCAGCUGGAGAAAGUCCUCGCGAGCGUUUCAGAUGACACGUUGGUUGUGAUUAUGGGCGACCAUGGAAUGAACGGACACGGAGACCACGGCGGCGACAGUGACGAUGAGGUCGAGGCUGGCAUGGUUAUCUAUUCCAAGAGAAAGCUCAUCGACGCCAGUCUGCUGGAUCAGUUCUCUCUCGGAGACACGCUGCGGUACACCAAGCCCGUUGGAGGAAAUGUCUACAGGACUGUGCAGCAGAUCGAUUUGGUCCCUACGCUGUCGUUGCUCUUGGGUUUGCCUAUCCCUUUCAACAACUUGGGAUCUGUCAUUCCCGAGCUGUUUCUUUCGGCCAAGGAUCCCAAGAACGCGAUCAGAGAUCUGUUGAGAGCCACGCGUCUGAACGCGGCACAGGUAGCUACCUACUUUGAGUCGUACAUGGAGCUGCACCCGACUUCGGAUAUCGCGCUGGCGGUCGAGAUGGAGUUUGGCGAGCUGUUUGAGCGUGCCGAGACGUUCAUGAGAGAACUUGGGCAGGAUCCCAAGGCAAAGACGGAGGAUUUGGCCACGGCCCUGAAGCUGUACUCGGAGUACUUGCGGACAUCGUUGAGCUCGUGCAAGCGGAUCUGGGCCCACUUUGACGUCCCACUCAUGGCAGCAGGAGGCGGAGUCUUGUUGGCCAGCUGUUUCUGCCUCUUGCUCCAUAUCACUAUCUAUCGCGCUGUAGGGAUGCCACCUAGUUUGGAGCGAUUCCUGGCAGGAGGCACUCUUUUGGGUAUCGCGCUCGCGCGCCACUUGAAGCCAUUGCUGCUGAAGAUCGAGACCGUUCAGGAGUCGUCCCUCGGCUUGGUGGAUAUUAUGAUCUUUUCAAUGUCGACCUUUUCGAUUGCAGGAUUCCUGCUGUGCCUUGCCCUGAAUGCCAAGUCGUUCGCCAAGAAGGAGAGCUGGAACGUGUUCCGCUUGAUCCGGUGGCCUCCAUUGUCAGGAUUCCUGGCCUGCCUGUUCAUCUUUGUGAACUGCCUCAUCUUUGCGUCCAACUCAUACAUUGUCCAUGAGAGCACGUUUAUUAUCGGAUUCCUCCAGACGUUCGGUGUUAUCGGUCUCUUGUUCUCGCUCCGUGUUCCCGAUAAGGCUGCCCGCAUCAAGGCUGUCAUUCUUGUACUGUCGUUUAUGACCAUGACACGAGUCCUAUCCACCUCCACCGUCUGCCGCGAGGAGCAGGGAGAUCUGUGCUCGCCCACGUUCUAUGCUUCGGCCCAACAGUCGGUGCCCUCUCAAUGGUCCCUGGUGAUGUUGGUGGGAAGUGGAGCCAUCACACCUUACCUGAUCCGACGACUUCUCAGCAGCUCCAAGUCGAUGAACGGCAUCGCGCUUCUCUGGGUCGAUUAUGGUCUCCGCAUUGGCAUCAUUCUGGGCACACUCUACGCUGUCCUCGACUUUGAGGGAUCUAAGUCUGACGGCACUCGUGCUGCGACAACUGGCAACAACGCCAAUGCCUUUGAGCCACUCCUGGGUGGUAUGUCGGCUGGAGGACAGUACUUGUGGAUCAAGACGACCCUGGUUCGCAUUGCCUUCGGGUUCGCGUUGAUCAUCGGACCGGCUGCCUGGUGGACGAACCCUCUCUGCAUGGACAUCCAGACGGUCGAAGAGCCCGUGGCCAUUGAUGGUGGAAACAGGAAACCGUCAGGAUCGUCAUCAACAGCACCGGCCACUCAGCGCAAGAUUUACAUUCUCGGUUACGCCAACGCAUUCGGAGCCAGCUACUACAUGGCGCUGACGAUGAUGUUCCUAUUUGUGAUCCUGACGCAGAAACCUCUGGGGACGAUUGUCUUAUCGGUCGGAUUAGCGCAGAUUUCUUGUCUUGUGGAACUGGUCGAUAUUUGGAGGGAUGCCGAUUUUGCGGUCUGGCAGCAGGGUGUGAUUGCGAGGAUUCAGGCCGAGACCCAGGCGUCUGUCGAGAACUCGGAUGGUAUCGCAGCGGCAGUUUCGAUCCAGUCAGCAGCUCAGGCGGAACAGGCCAAGGCACCGACAUUGAACCUGCUCUUGCCAACAGUCGUCCUUUCGUUGAUGGGCAACCUGUUCUUCUUCGCAACGGGUCACCAGGCAACGCUUUCCUCGAUCCAGUGGUUAUCUGCAUUCAUCGGAGUGCCGACACUCAACUACUUUUUCUCGCCUAUUCUGGUGAUUGUCAACACCCUGGGACCGUUCAUUCUCUGCGCGAUGGCGUUGCCACUGGUGGUCCUUUGGCAGAUGCCACCCAAGGCCAACAAGCUGGGCAUUGUUGUCCUCUUCCCCGAGUUGACGCGCCUAUGCCUGAUGAUGAUGAUGCACCAGUCGCUCGUCUUGGUGGCGAACAUGUUCUUUACGGGAGGCAUGUUCAGGCGACACUUGAUGGUGUGGAAGGUAUUUGCACCUCGGUUUAUGUUGCAAGCGAGCGCAUUGUUGAUGAUGGACCUUGUCCUUGUCACGGUGACGGUGCUGGUGGUUCUGAGCAGAGUCAUCCGCGAAGUUUCCACUGUCCUCUCCAUCCGUGUUGUUUAA